GUUUCCACACAGUGUUUAUCCUCCUGGGCUCCAGUCACCAAGCCAGUCACCUCCGACACACCAGUCAAGCCAAACGUGGGAGCCGCAGAUGCCCAUACUCAGGAUGGGCCCCCGACUUCUACUAUUCACCUUUGUGCUCCUUUCAACCUGCCAGACGGUGGAAUCCCAGCUGGUGAUCAGAAGUGUCGUCCUGACCAUCGAGCCCCGCAACUCUGUCUCCCGGGGUACCGACGUGACGGUGCGAUGCCAGGCCACAAUCAACAGCGACAGGUCCGCAAAACGUGAAUACACCAUCUACCGGGACGAUACUGUGGUUUAUACCCAUAGCAGCAACACCUCGGAGGACGUGCUCUACCGUCUGCCAGAUGCCAGGGUGGCCAACGCCGGGAAAUACAAAUGCCUGGUCAAAGUCCAGGACAAGGAGCAAAUGAGUCUCCCAGAGAAACUGACUUUGACAGGCCUGAAGACACCGAUUUUACACAUUGACAAGAAGGUGCUCAGCGAGGGAGAGAAUGUAAAGAUGCGGUGUUCAGCCCCUGAGGAGACUGGCAACAUCCUCUUCACUUUCUACAUGGACUCGACAGACCUUAAAGACGUCAGGACCAACACCAGCCAGGUAGAGAUGACCUACAACUUCAAAGACGUUGGCGUCCGCAGGCUUCACUGUGAUUACAAGGUCAUACUGCUGGCCAACGCUGUCAGUUCCAACAUCAGCAAUGUUAUUGAUGUCACUGUGAAAGAACUCGAAAUCACACCGACAAUCUCAGUCCAGCCACACGGAACAAAGAUCAUUGAAGGGGACAACUUGACAAUCUCCUGCAGUGUCAAUGGAAACAAACAGAACUCAUCUGAGGCCAAAAUGCAUCUUCUCAAGGGCAGCACUAUGCUUAGUUUUGGGGAGACAAGCACCACCCACAGCAUGACAGCCAUGGCUGAGGAUUCUGGGAAGUUUGAGUGCAUGCUAGAGAUGGGAACUGUAUUGAAGCAGGCAACGGAACAUGUGAUCAUCACAGAACUGUUCUCCAAGCCAGUCCUGGUUAUGGAGCCGAUGGAGGUGUUUGAAAAGGAGGAAUUCAGGUUAACCUGCAAGAGUACCAACUAUUCCACUGAAAGGAUCAGCUCUAGCAAGAUAACAUACUCAAUUUACAGGGACAAUUACAAAUUGACACCAGACCGCUUUAAUGGAACAUAUGUUGUCCCUGCGAAUGUCCAACACCAAAAUGGGAAAUACUAUUGUAUAGCCAAUGCCAGAAAUGUCUCCAAGUACAGUGGAAGUCUGAAUGUCAAGGCAAAGGUUCCGGUCAGUAAACCAGAGAUAAUGUCUAUUGGUAAAGUUAUCGUAGGAAAGCCAUUCCAGGUGCGCUGUCACUCCGACCAAGGCAGCCUGCCCAUCAACUAUACCUUGUUGAGGAGGGGUAAGGCCAUUAACUCAAUUGCUGUGGGGGAAUCCCACCAUGAGGCCAUCUUUUCCAUCACUCUCCAGCACCAUGGGGACAUUGAGGACUAUAAAUGCAGGGCUAAGAACCGCCGCUACGCUUUGGACAGCAACAAGCUCAACACUACUGUCAUAGUACCCCUCUCCGGCGCAAAACUCGGCAUCUCCUCAGAUUUGUCGGCUGCCCCGUCAGAACUUUCGUUGGACGUCGCCGAGGGAUACGCCAUCUACCUUCUCUGUUCGGUGCAGGGCUCCUAUCCAAUCAGCUUUAAGUGGUACAAAAGAGGGAAUGCCAAGCCCCUGUACACCAUCACCUCAACCAAAACCACCGGGACCUAUCAGAUCCCCCAGGUGACGAACGAACACAGCGGUAACUACUACUGCCUGGCGGACAACCCCGCUGAGAAAACGUCCGUCAGUCAGGACAUCACUGUAGAUGUGAGGAUGGCCAGGUGGAAGAAGGGUCUGAUCGUGGCCUGCUGCCUGCUGGUGGUGGCCUUCGCCGUCAUCGGCUGCGUGCUGCACUUCAGGUCCCAGCGAGGUGCAAGGGACGACGCCACCGAACUGUCAGUAAAGCCUUCGAGCCCUAAAUCAGAUGACUCGCUAACAGUGAGUCUCGCCCACGACACAAUGGAGGUUUAUAAUCCGCCCAAAGUGGGAGUGGAAUCUGCCGGUAGAGUCUGGGGCCAGUGGACGGUGGACCCAGGAUGCGCGUCCUCUGGCGCCGGUAGCGAUGUGGGGAGCAGCGCGUCGUCCAACAAUGAGCCGGAUGUAGAGUACACUGAAGUGGUGCACCCCCAGUCUGAGGACUCUGUCAGAGUUCCCUUAAGGAAAGGUACAGAGACUGUGUACAGUGAAGUCCAGAACUCUCCAACCGGGCCAUACGAUGACCAGCGCCAUCAUGGUUCACUGGAGAAUGCCGACCUCAACAGCACCCAGCCUGAGGUCCAUCAUGCCCUGCUGGAGGCCCGUCACCAUGACCUCCCUGACCUCCCAAUGCCUGUCGAAUAAAGGUUCCCUCUGACCCCUCGCGACCCGCCGUGUGCCAAGCCAUGACCACAGACACCCCUCCUUUCCCCCCAGUUUAAAGCCCACUCCUCAUUGUCAUGUGUCUUUUUAUACUGUACGUUUGUGAAAUUGCUUACUCCGAUAAGCUGUACAUUUCUGCAUCAGUUCUACCGUCAGAAUACAAUCCCUCAACAUGCUUCCUUUGACAUGCUGUACAUAGCGGUCUUUCCUAGUUGACCUUUGUUUAGCCUUUUUGUGUUUGCAUAACCCCUAAUGGUGGGCCAGAGUUCAUUUAGCCUCUCCCUUGCUUUGAUAGCGGAGUUUACAUUAAGUUCCCCUUGAUCUACUAAACGGAUACCAUGAACAUUUAUGUCCGUCACGGUUUCUCCAGACUUCACAGCCGCCCUCUGUCGUCCGACCGGGCCCGUGCCCAAAUCAGGCAACGCAGCCAGGAUCACUGAAUUACACGGUGGAAAUGACUACGGAAAAGAUUUCUGAGUGUAAACAAAGGAGCUGCCCGUCUCCCGCUGCUGUGGAAUAUGAUGUCGAUGUUGUCACAUCCUGCCAGACUAAGCUGGAGUGAGUCAAACGGUUAAUAUUGUCGUCAAGAUUGAAAUGACUCCGGCAAGCACUGUUUUACAUGAAUUCAAUUUGAUUCAUUUUUGAAGUUCCUCUGUAGAUGCUUUACAGGUUGUCAUACUGUGAACAAACUACCUCUAGAUAAGCAACGGCUUGAUAAGGUUAUGGCUUGUUGACAGUUACAGUGAUGUUUAUAGUGCGUAGUGCAUCUACUUGUGUACUUCGGGGGCUCUUCAAAUAGUGUCACCUAACAUUUCUUUGUAAAAUCACACCAAAUGUAAGGAAGGUGCUUACAAUUUAUAAAUGCUAUGAGAUGUGUUUAUAAAUGUGUUCAAAACACUGGUAUAGAAAAAUCUAUCAAGAUAGUAUUUGGGUAUCAAAGGACAGCUGAUCAGCAAUAUGUUCCUUUUUUUUUCUCCUAUAUUUUUUUAAAAACAUGACCCUAAUGGUGUAUUAUUAUUGUAAUAUUCAAAGUGGCCUGUAGAGAGCAUUAUUCUCUUAUAAAUACAGGCAGGUUACUAGGCAGUGUGAGGACAUUGUGUGAUUACGCCAUCUUGUGACUAAAAUGUAUAUUCCAGUUUUUUGCCAGACCGCAGAAGCAGAGCCUGCCAAGAGCGAAUGGCUCUGACUGACUGACUGACUGACUGACUGACUGCCCAUUGUUAAAUUGCAUUGUGGUUAGAGAUGCCGUCUGCCACAUACGAGAUCGGGUAUCCAAUCUGGCUAGGGACAAAACAAAUUAAGAUUAGUUGAGGAUAAACUAAAGCUUCAGUAGCUACAUAUAGUAAGCCAAAAGCAAAGUGAAGUGUUGAACUUGAAACACUGCUGUCUCAUCCAGGGAGAGCAGGUUAGAGUGAGGGUAACAAAACACUUCACUCUUCCUACUAGUCCACUUGAUAGAACUCUGUGAAGAAAGAAGUUACACGAAAAACAGCAAUAUAUUAUAUUUUUUGACAAACAAGUAGUAUACAUAUUUUUCCCACCACCAAUGUUCUUAGAGUUGUAUACAGCCAAUUCGUCUUUUAGUUUCUGUUCCUUUUCUGUCACUUUUUAAGUUCACCUGUUUUAACAGGACACGUGAAUAUAGUUACCUUAAACCAAAUCAUUAUGAAAAUCAAUAAUAACUAUUUGACAGUAAUUUUUUUUCAUUAUAUGUACUUAUAGCUAUUAGCUAGCCAUCUACAUUAAUCUGUUUCUAAUUUAAUGCGUUAAAUGUAAAUUUUUGAUACGCAAAAAGUAUUUGUCACUUCUAAUAACAAAGCUGGCAUUGGUCCAUAAAUUGCUGCAAACCCCUUCCUUUGUUCACCACAAUCACCUCUACUCAUAGCCUGGCCAAACUAGGCGUGCCUAUUUUAUUUUCUUGUUUCCUGUUUAGAGCCCAUAUUCACCAAGCGUCUGUGUUGAUCAAUAAUAUAAUUGUAAACUAAGACUAAAACUGCACCUGAAAAAACAUUUUCAUAAACUCGAAUAAUAUAAGAGUGAGCAGGGGCGGGCAAUAUGUGUAUGUUUAAUUUAAAUAAAAAUGGGAACUGAAAAUGUUUAGUGUCAAAGUGUCAAACUACUAAAUGUGGUUGAACAAAUCACAUGUUACAGUUUACCAAGUAAGCAUACAUAAAACCCUUGUAUUGUGUAACUGUUAUCCUUGGUUUUUUUAUUUUUUGCUGUACAAUACAUAAA